ACUCAGCUGCAACAGACAAAAAAAAAUCUCGCCUGUUCCCAGGUUGAAAAUAUUUCGAGGGAUGGUCAUUGUAGAUUUAGUAUUUAAAAAACACUGUAAUAAUUAUGUUAUAAUAAGAUUAUAAAGACACAGCUCUGCGGUGAUAGUACAUAUGCGUGAUGCGUCCGCAUAUCCUUACCACAUAAUUAAUAUCACCACAAUAUCUGUAACGUUAACGCAACACUCGAGAAGAGGCAGCACCGUGUGCCAACAAACACAAGAGUCCAAAAUGGAGUAACGCUGAAGACAGCACAGUCGGGAAUCUCACUGAAUGUAAUUUCACAUUCGAACACAAAUUGUUCCGCCGCUGGUGAAAAUAAGGACUUCUAGAAACAGCGGGGAAAUCGCCGUCGUUGCUGCUGUGGAGCUAGCUGCGCAGAACAGUCAAGAAUGGAGCCAUCAGAACAGUCAGGACCAGACUCCGGCUCUCAGGAUGUCAACCCUGUUUUUCUGCAGCAGCUCAGAGAGCUGGACAUCCCAGAGGAGGCAGCCAAGCAGGCACUUCUUCACACUCGGAACGUGUCUGCCGAGGAGGCGGCAAUGUACUACUUCAACAAGCUGGAGAAUGAGGAGGAAGGAGACGAUGACCUCAUGUUCAAGAUGGUGUUUGUGGUGAACAUGGACCUUGCCAUGGGUGUUGGAAAGGUGGCGGCUCAGGUUGGUCAUGCUGCUGUGGGUUUGUACCAGGCUCUGCAGGAGAAGAACAGUUGGAGGGAGAUGGCCUGGAAGUGGGACCACAGUGGAGCCAAGAAGGUGGUGGUCCAGGGCACAAAUGUGGCUCAUCUACUGGAGCUGCAGGCCCUGGCCAUGAGCCUCAGCCUGCCCACUUACCUGGUCCAGGAUGCAGGGCUUACCCAGGUGGAGUCUGGCUCCCGCACUGUCCUGGCCAUUAUGGGUGAGGAGGAGAUGGUGAACAAUGUCACUGGGAGUCUGAAGCUGCUCUGAGGGGCUCAACCACACUGUGGGGGAGGCAUUGCUCCGCAGCGCCACAGGACAUCCAGCAGAGGGCGGCAUUUCCCAGUGGGAGGGAGAGUCUUGGCAUGCAAGCCUGUAACAACCUUUUAAAAAAAGACCUGGAGAGGGAGGGAAAACAAGACAUGUCCCAAAACCAGAAAACAAACACCCUCAGCCAUUUGUUUCCCUUUCAUUCUUUGUCUGAGCCGCUUAGUUGGCCAUUAAGAGGAGGAGGGGAGAGAGUCUGGUUGUUCACAGGGGAACGAGCAAAGGCAGUUGAAUUUUCUUUUUCUGGUGACCUUUUUCUUUCUCAAACAGGCCACCUACUUAGAAGAGAGUCUUCUUAGAAAUCUUAAUCCAUUUUCAAACACAUCUAGUCUGUUGUCCAGUUGCAGAUAAUGGCAAAUUAAAAUCAAGUAUUUUUGGUGGUUGACCAAUAUUGUAGUUUUGCUUAUGCAAGGGGCUGUGUACUUUAGACUAUACAUAAUGUAAGUAUAAUUAUACCCAUAGCUGAUGUAGUAUUUCCCUGUUGGAUUCACUACUCCUGAGUGAAGGGUAACUUAUUAACUGAUAUCAUGUGAACACUCAUUUUUGACAUUUAAAUAAUUUUGUGUCUGUAUGCAACUAAUCUCCCAAAGAUCCCUAUCCUAUAGACUCAGUAACAUUACUCAUUAUUGAUAAAUGGCUAUAUUUUGUAUACAUAUGCCUGUUGGGGGCCAUAUACUGUAUAAUCUGUGGUGUGCCAUCCUAAACAGUAUGCACAUUUACUGGACUUUGUUGUAUUGUUUUUUUUUCUUUGUGCAGAAGGAAAAAAAAUUCUAAAUUAUAAUUUUUGGAUUUAUUAGUAAAAAUCUGAUGACAGGUGAGAAGUUAUGUGGAGCCAAAAUGUCUGGGCCUAACUUUAUGCACUCUGACUGCCUGCAGUGGAUAGUUUACACUAAUGAGGUUGAUCAAAUUACAGCUUGACAGAACGCAAAUAAUUGUGUGUGUGACAGUUAUUACUUGGUGAAUAGUCUUGCCCACUAAUAAUCUUAAUACACAAUGAAUGCUGUGUGAGCUAUUGUGUGUCUGUGUUCUCACUAACAUAUUUGUGGGCAUGAGCUGCCUCUCCCUGAAUUCUUAUCUUAAUGUCAAAGAUUUUAUUUGUAACCGAAAUCUUAAAAAAAAAAUGGCAGUGGCAUGCAUGCAAUAUGAAAUGUACAUUUCAACAGACCGUUGGAAUCCCAAAGUUAUGUCAAUUUUAGUAACAUGUCCACACUUUGAUACCUCCUAUGUCAUAUAGUCAUUUGUGUGAGUGCUUCAGACUAUGGAGACAAUUAAAAAUGCCUCCGGUUAAGUAACAA